AAUAAAUAAAGCUGAAUUCGUUUGAAACAGUAAAAACGCACAUUAGGGUACAAAGGAGGGAGAAAUCUCCCCAAAUGCUAAUUUGGGCAGCUGAUUGGAAUUGGUUUUCCCCUAAAAUCCACCAUUUUCGAGUUGCAGGAAAACAUGGCCUUCUUCCCUCUACUUCGAAACCCUUCCUUGCUUGUGUCUUUAUAAAUAAAUAAUAGAGAGACAUUAAAGUAAUUCUCUGCAAGGUUGUCAAUGUAUUUAACUUGUGGAAGACAAUGCUAAUCGACCAAUCCAGUGAAAGCUAACCGCCACAUUCGCUUCUCAGAAGCCAGAAGUGAGCCAAUUUGAAGAAGAUUAAAGUUUAUCAGCCCAAACCACUACUACUGCACAAGACCCGACCAUUCACCAGUCAAACUCCACCCCACCCACCCGAAAUAAUUUUUCGAGAAGGAAAAUAUGAACCAAGGCGAGAGCUCAACCGGACUAUUCUCCCCGCCGCUAAAACGUAGACGCGGCCGCCCACCCAAGGACCCGAGCCUCAAACGCCCCUCCCUUGGAUACGGGCCCUCCGACCCUGACCGGGCCAGCCCGAACCUCCUCCAGAGGCCCGGCCCAGCCGAAAAUCCCGAUCCCGCGGUGGGCCAAGCUGUGACGGGCAUUGUCGAGGCUUCCCUCGAUGCAGGUUACCUCCUCAAUAUCAGGAUCGGCAAUUCCCCCGCCACUUUCCGGGGAAUAGUCUUCAAGCCGGGCCACUACGUGCCCGUCACCAAAGAAAAUGACGUGGCGCCACAUCUCCAGAUGAUCAGAAGAAAUGACGUCCGUGUCCCUGCCGGGCCCGAUGGGCCUGCGCCCCUCCAGAAGCGGAAGUAUACGUCUCGCCGGGCCACGGGCCCACCACCUCCUUUACCCACCGUCCACCCUGUUGGGGAGAGGGGCCACGUGGUGCCUGUUGUGCUCCAGCAGCCCAUGGACCACAACUAUCCUAAUGGGCUUCAGGCCCAAGCCCAAUCCCAGGCCCAGAUGCUGGACUUUGGGAACAAGGAUGUGCACAUGGUGGAGCCGCUGUCGAUGCUGCCUCCUGACCGGAGGCAGAUAUUCCCUGGCGGGCAGCCACACGGUAGCCAUCCUGUUCCUCCUGUGCAAGUUGGUGGCAAGGAGGAUGAUAAGGGACUGUUUGGCGAGGGGGAAAAUGCUGCGAGGUCUGAGGGGAUGGAGUCUAGCGAUGCGGAAAUUGGGGUAUCCUCGGAUAGCUCGGAUUCGGAGUACGAGAACGGGAAGGAGUUUGUGAAGUUUCCUUUGGAAGAAGGUGAUUCGGGUGCUGUGACAGCUCAUGAAACUGGGAAUUGCGAUGAGCGAUUUCCGAACGAGACCUUGCAGAAUGUGUCUGCCUUCAGUUAUGCACCUGGGAGGAUGACCGAGCUUUUGCAGGCUGUGCACAUGAAAGAGAACCAGGUGCAAUUUGCUGAGCAGCCAAUUCCUGGUGGGAAAAUCGAGCUUCGUGAGACGAUGAACUCAGAAGUUGACCCCAAAAGUGGAUCAAGUGGUCCUUGAUCUGAUUGAGCCUCAAAAACUUGUGUUCUUGAUGAUGCCUGUGAUCUUUUUCACUAUGUAGGGAUAGUUUGUAAUAUUUUUAAUUGUUAGUUGCAGUUGAAGACUUUGGUGGGGAUUUUAUGUUUGUCUGCGAGAGAGGUUUAGAUAAUUUUAAAAGAGCAGCGGGUUUAUGCUGUUAGGUGAAUUGUUUCUUUUCAAAGUACGUUAUAAAUGCAAAUCGUGUUGGACCUCUUUUACCACCAUUUUGUAGUGGUUAACCCUGCUUUACGGAUGGACGCAUUUUGGCCUUGUCGUGGCAAACUUUGUACACCCGUUCGGAACUGUCGGUUUAGGUUUGCAUUUUAUGUGAACGGUGAACCGGAAUCGGC